UGGGCUUCCUUCCUAUACCGAUGGUUCCUCUCAUUAAAUGCUGAGAAAAGGAGAGCAGCGCCUACCGCAGCAUCUGGUUCUCACUGAGGAAGGACACGACUGUGCGGUCCGGGAGAUGGACUGGAGGACUGCGGAAACCGGGGAUGACGGGAUACCGAGGGAAGAAGCGGCCGCCGGCCUCUGUCUACAGCUUGACCUGGGGGACACCGAUCCAGCCAAGAGGGGUCAGAUAACAGAGAUGCCGUCCCCAUUUGGAGCGGGUGCAGCUCAUGAGAAGAAGAUUGGCCACAGGAGAGUAGAUGCCUCAGGAGAGACAACAUACAAGAAGACCACCUCCUCUGCCUUAAAAGGAGCCAUCCAGCUGGGUAUUGGGUAUACUGUUGGUAACCUCAGCUCCAAGCCCGAGAGAGAUGUGCUGAUGCAGGACUUCUAUGUGGUCGAAAGCAUCUUCUUUCCCAAUGAGGGCAGUAACCUCACUCCGGCCCACCACUUUCCAGACUUCAGGUUUAAAACUUACGCCCCUGUGGCCUUUCGUUACUUCCGGGAGCUGUUCGGGAUCCGACCAGAUGACUACUUGUAUUCUCUAUGUAAUGAGCCACUGAUUGAACUGACGAAUCCGGGAGCUAGUGGCUCCAUAUUCUACGUAACCCGAGAUGAUGAGUUCAUCAUCAAAACUGUCAUGCAUAAGGAGGCAGAGUUUCUGCAGAAACUGCUUCCUGGAUACUAUAUGAACUUGAACCAGAACCCUCGAACUUUGCUGCCAAAGUUCUUUGGCCUCUACUGCGUCCAGUGUGGGGGCAAAAACAUCCGAGUUGUUGUGAUGAACAAUAUUUUACCGCGUUCUGUACGCAUGCACCUAAAGUUUGACUUGAAAGGCUCCACUUACAAGAGGCGAGCAUCCAAGAAGGAGCGGGAGAAGUCCAAACCCACUUUUAAAGACCUGGACUUUCUGAGUGAUAUUCCCGAGGGCCUCACUCUGGACCAGGACACAUACAGCGCUCUGGUCAAAACCCUGCAAAGAGACUGUCUGGUGCUGGAGAGUUUUAAGAUCAUGGACUACAGUUUGCUGCUUGGGAUCCACAACAAGACACAAGCUGAGAGAGAACAUCAGUCCCAGGGCUCACCUGCAGGCGGUGGGGAUGAAAAGAAGCCCGCAGCUCAGAGAGCCUUGUAUUCCACCGCAAUGGAGUCUAUACAGGGAGGCUCCACAUGCAGGGACACUAUGGAUCAUGAUGACACUAUGGGUGGUAUUCCAGCUGUGGGAAGUAAAGGAGAGCGCCUCCUGCUGUUCAUUGGAAUCAUUGACAUUCUGCAGUCCUACAGAAUGAUAAAGAAACUGGAGCACAGUUGGAAGUCCCUCAUCCAUGAUGGGGACACAGUGUCAGUUCACAGACCUGGUUUCUAUGCUGAAAGGUUUUACAAAUUCUGUAGCACCAUUGUCUUCAAGAAGAGCUGCUCAUUGCGAUCGUCUCCAUCUAAGAGGGGGCGAGGAGCUCUCUCAUCCAAGUCCAGUGCUGGUGGAGCGGGUUCAGCUGGGCAGCGUCCCUCACUGACAGACGAGAGGCAGGAAAACCUGGACAACUUGGAGAACCUACGAGGAGCUCACAGCUUUGCCAUGUUGGAGGACAAUGGGAGAGAGCCACCCUGCACUCCUCCUUCCUUUGAAGAUGCUACCACAGCAUCUAUCGCUACCACGCUCUCCUCUAACAACUCCCUACCCACCACCCCCUUCGAUACACCAGAGCACCCACGCUACAGGAGACAGAUGCACUCCCCAAAUGUGGCCAGGUCUCAAAAAGAAGUAGUUGAGGUUCAUGAGAAAAAGCAGGAGACCAUAACAGUGGAGGUGGAACUCAGUAAAAUCCCAAAGAGCACGGAGCUCACACAGAUGACAGAAAAGAUCUCUCCCAGCCACCUGUCCCCUCAGCGUCCGCCGCGUGUCAUUUCUUCAUCCUCCCGUCCCUCUAUUAGUCAAUCCUCAGCACAUUCCUCCUCCACCCUUCCUCCUUCCUUUGUAUCUUCCUCCUCCACAGCUCAGUCAGCUUGCCAGUCAUCCUCCACACUUGCUUCAUCCAUCCGUCCUUCCACCAAACCCCUCACCUCUCCCACAGCCGCUCAAUCUUCCACCCUUUCUUCUACAAUCUCUCACUCAUCCGCAAAAUCCACACUUUCCACUUCGACAGCCUCGUCAGCUCGUAACGCCACCACCCUCGCUAGUGCUUCAGCAUUUACCCCCAUCUGCCCCGCCUUCCCUCAGUCCUCCACCCAGAGCUCCUUUCACCAUCUCCCCUCGACCCCUCCCUCCUCCCACCCUCCAAGCCCUCAGGUGCCCCAGCAGGCGCUGCGUACGUCGUGCAAUCAGCUCUCUGUGUCCAGCAGCCACAACUCAUUGGAAGGGGAGGUGCAGGUUUCCGACAUCUAUUUUUAUGCAGAUGGCAGAUAUUGGGUGUACUCUCCAGUUCUUGGCCGUCGUAAGCUAAACUCUAGCUCAAGUUACAAUCAGAAUCAGGAGGAUCGGGGCUGGGUGUACUCUCCUCUGCACUCUGGCUCGGAGUCCAGAAGGGGCUCUGGGGAGAGUGAGACAUAACUCACAGUGGAGACAGCAGUGAUGGGUGGAGACAGAGGCUGUCUGCACAUACAGAAGCUGUGAGGUUCUUUAAAGCCACCAGGAUACUAUGAAGAUUUAAUGAUACUGUUUGAUGCUGGUCGCUCAAGCUGCAUGUGGAAGCUUGCUUUGCCAACUGUAACAUAGAAACAGAAAAACACCCACAGAGGAAUUAACUUAAGAGUGUUCAAAUAUACAAAAAAUACACACAUGCAUACAGGCACAUACAUGCACAGAAAUAUUAUGCAAACAAAAAAUCAUAAAGCAUACAUCUGAAUGGCCUCAAGCUGAAAAUAAACUAAAACAUGGUACAAUCAGCUGAAUGGCGCUGUGAAUGAAUUUGGUUGUUUAGCAAAAAAAAAAAAAAGUCACGUAUGGUUGCAGCCAUGCUGGGUUUUUAGUGUUCAUGAGUCAGCUGCACUGUGCCAGCUCUGGCUAUGCAAUAUGGACAUACAUGUAACACAUUUAUUUUUUUUGCUAGGGGCACGUUGAGACUGUAUAUAAUUUUAUUUUUAGCACCUUAUCAAUGUACAUGUGGCUGAGGUCUUUUGAAAAUUGUACAUUUUUUAAUAUUUUUGUCAUCAAUUAUAGUUUGAAAACACACAACAGUUAUUGUUUUGUGUGCUGUGUAUGCACAGUGUUCUGUUGUGGCGUGUGGUGGUCCACUUAUGAAACUUUAAUCUGACAGUGAAUGGUUGUGUUCAAAAUGCCUUACUGACUAACUCAUUUUCAUAACUGUUUUGAAUAUUUCGGUCACUUCAUUGAAAAAAAAAAAAAACAUUUAAAAAAAAUAUACAUUUACAUACAGUAUAUUUUAUUGUGAGUAAAUACCAAAUCUUUGAAGCAGAGUAAAAAAAUUUAGCAGCCAUGCAUUUACACUUUUUCAGGAUUUAGAACAAAGAAAUGAAGGAAAAAUGACUUCAGUUAUCUUUUGUAAAUUGUAGAUAAACUGUGUGUGCCCUUAUGUCUCUAUGUGUGAUUGGGAGACGUAAUUUUUUUUUUUUUUUUUGUCCUGCUUAUUUGUCACAUUGUCAAAGGUGUAACUUCCAUUUGUUAUUGACCAUGCAAGUCUGCCACCAGCUGAAAGCAUGUUGGCUGUGUGAGAGAAAUUAAAUGUCCCAGAUAUAUUGAAUUAAAUUGAAAUAACUUACUAUACAGGACCUGUGUAUCGCAGGCUAAUAGGAAAAUAAAUCUACAGUUGCUGCAGACAGUACCUUUCUUCUUCCAUACCUAGUGAUACUUGUUACAGCAGGACAGACCAUAAUUAGACUUCUUGACUGUGUCGAUAAGCCCUGCUGUAACAUAUUACCGUAUUAUUUGAGUCUGCUGAAGUUAACCUGCCUGUUUGUAAGCAACAGUGUUUGUAGCUGAUCACUGUGUAAAA